UAACCAAAAGAGAAGUAAAAAGUUAAAGACUAUAAUGGAGGGGCUCUUAAAACUGUCGACAUUGGUGAUUGUGUGCAUGCUAGUGUCUGCUCCAAUGGCGUCCGAGGCAGCCAUCUCUUGCGGCGCAGUGGCCAGCAACUUAGGCCAAUGCAUUAACUACCUGACCCGAGGUGGUUUCAUUCCUCGAGGGUGUUGCUCUGGCGUUAGGAGGCUCAACGGCAUGGCUCGUACCACCCGUGACCGCCAGCAAGCUUGUCGCUGCAUCCAAGGAGCAGCUAGAGCCUUGGGUUCCAGACUCAACGCGAGACGUGCUGCUCAUCUUCCUGGUGCUUGCCGUGUUAGGAUCGCUUACCCCAUCAGCGCAAGAACCAACUGUAACAAAGUAAGGUGAACUUGAGAAGAUAUCUACUUUGAAGGGGUUUAUAUGUAAUCGUUGAUAGUAUUGAUUAAAGAAUAAUUAAGAUGUCACUAGUAUAAGUGUAUCAUUUUACUGUUUUGUGUUUUUUUUAGUAAGUGUAUCAUUUUGUGUGUUGUUUUACUGUUGUGUGAUGUUCAAAACCAAUUUUAUAAUAUCGUUGGUUUUUUUUAUGUAAUCGUUGAGAGUAUGGAUUUAAGAAUAAUUAAGAUGUCACUAG